GUACGACACGAAGUCCAAGCGCCUGUUCUUGAAACGGGGAGUUUACGACCAAGAUGGCGCUUUCAGGCUGGAGGAUUUGUUCAUUGGCGCGGAGCUGACCGUUUGUGCCCGAAAGCUGAAGAUUGUUUCCUAUGGCGACGUGCCAACCCGAUCACUGUUCGAUAAAAAUGGCGAACAGGUCUACACCGUCAUAGGGGGUGCUGCGCACGGAGAUCUUGGCAAUCUUUUCACAGCAGCCCAUGACAGAGGGUUCACAAUCAAGCGCGUCAAGACUCUCCCAAGUGGAGACAUGAGCGUGCACGUAGAACUGGUUGGUCAAGGUGGCGUUGAGACCUGGCGAGAGGCAGUGAACGCAACGCUUAGCGAGGAUGCUGCUCGAGCUGUUCACGUCGACGCCGCUGGCUUGGAAAGCGAGAAGGUGUUUGCGAGCAAAGAGUGCUCAGCAACUUUUGACAGUUGCUCCUUGUGCAUUGUCAGGCCUCAUGCUGUUCGGGAAGGAAAGGUUGGUUCUGUCAUUUCAGCAAUACUGAAUGCAGGGUUGCAGAUAUCGGCAAUGCAGACGUUCGUGCUUCUCAAAAGUCAGGCUGAGAAUUUCUACGAGGUCUACAAGACGGUUCUUCCCAGUGCGCAAUAUGCGUCGAUGAUCACCGAGCUGGCCUCAGGCCUCUGCCUGGCUAUGGAGGUUCGAGGCGACAACGUGGUGCCAAGGCUGCGAGAGCUAUGCGGACCCUUUGACAUCGAAAUUGCCAAGCAUCUGCGCCCCAACACGAUCCGUGCUUGCCACGGCCGCAACAACGUGCACAACGUGGUGCACUGCACAGAUCUUGCAGAGGAGCGCCGCAUGGUUCUGCUGGGCGUAGACAAUGCUGGCAAGACGACCACCCUGGAGAAGCUGAAGUCACUCUUUGGCUUAAAAGGCAUGGUCAUCGCCGUGUUUUGGGACUUGGGUGGGCACGCCUCGUUCCGAUCCGUGUGGCACAACUACUACUCCGAAGUGCAAGGCGUCAUGUUCAUCGUGGACUCCGCAGACCCGACCCGGAUUGAAGAGUCCAAGGCAACCUUGGUGGAAGUCAUUAGCCACGACAAGCUCAAAGGCGUGCCCUUGCUGUGCUUGGCAAACAAGCAGGACAAGCCUGAGGCGCUGAGCAUUCAGGAGCUGUCGCGUCUCUUCGAGUUCGAGCGGCUGUUCAGUGAACGGCCUUUCCAUGUCCACCCUUGCUGUGCCCUACAGGGCCAGGGCCUUGAGGCUGGUGUCAGGUGGCUGCUGGCCGAAGCUGAUAAGUUCGCACGCAGUCAGACCACUCAGAAAUGA